AUGACCUCGACCGUUGAAAGUGUUCCUUCGGAUUCGCCUUCUGGCAGAGUUCCGGGUCAAGUAUGUGACCGAUGUCGGCGGAGAAAGAUUAGAUGCCAUGGUCAAGACAAUGAUUGCUCUCCCUGCCUUCAAGCAGGUGUUGUCUGCGUAACUACAGCCAAGCUGAAAAGGAAUAGGAAACGGAAAAGCUUUUACGAAGCCGAGGGCAUUGAGCAGCGUCGCCAGACACCCCCAGGCCAUUCUCAACAUCCUGCAGAGGCUUCGACCCCUAUAUCUCAAAAUGUCGUCCCAUCACAAUCUAUUACACUCCAGCAGACGAACCAAGCGCUGUCCCUGCCUGUUAUAACCAACACUCCAGGGCACAGUAGCAUAAUGACCAGAACCCAGCCCGUCACGAUAAAGUCAGCAAACGAGCCUGUGAUCGGUCACAUGGGGCGCCUUGUGGCAGAUGAUCGACAAGCUUCCAUGUUUGGUGGCUCAACUACAGGCGUCCACUUCAUCAGCCAGGCCGAGCAGCAGCUUCAACUUCUCCAGAUGCACAAGGAUGCAUUCCCCAGCUGCGCUUACGGCUUAUAUCUACACAGUCCCUGGGGCUCUUCGGUUCAGAACCCUCUCACACCUGCAGUCUCGGACUUGGUCCGACAACUACCGCCAAACACGGUGGAGAUUAUAGAGGUUACCAUUAACAGGUGGACGCCGCUGUAUCCCAUUGUUCACAAGUCAUCAACGAUAGAUGCUAUGCAGAGGCUACUUGGUUUUUACGAAGCCACCAGUUCUAGCAUUAUCAUCCUGUAUCAAAUUCUUGGGCUGCUUGCCCUUGGAACAAUUGGCCAGAGGGGAGACUGCACUCAACAGCACCAUCACUUCAUAUGCCAGUCUGAGCGCUUCUACACCAUGGCCACGGCUUUGCUAGACAGGGUGAUUGAUCAACCAAGUCUUCAAAGCCUACAGGGACUCGUCAUCAUGCAGAUAUACCUCCAACUAUCUGGGCGCUAUUCCACAGCCUCUCACAUAUCAGGGGUAGCAACGCGCUUGGCUCAGACUCUAGGUCUCCACCGCCAUUCACAUCGCUUCAAGUUUGAUCCCCUCGAGACGGAACUGAGAAGACGGACUUGGUGGUGCCAAUACUCACUAGACGCAUUCUCGAGUGCCUAUCAUGGCAUGCCUCGAUUAAUACGCGACCAAGAUGUCGACACAGAUCUUCCCACAAGUGUAGACCAUGACCUUCUGUCACGAACACAUGUCGAGUUUCCUCUGCCGGGAGAGAGGUCACAAGUUGAUACCGCCAUCAGCCUGUUCAAGCUCGCCCGCAUCAUCGGACGGACGCUUGAGGAUCUCUACACCACUACCCGUCGCCGUGGCGGAGUGUCAAAGAUCGCCCAUCUGCAAGCCGAACUCAAUAUGUGGGAGAGGGUAGUCCUCGAGCCUGAGAUGGACCCUGAACUGGCCACGCCGGUCGUCAACAUGUCGCUCGAGGCAAUAUUCCUGAGGGUCGCGCACUGCGUCGCAACAAUCCAUGUUCAUCGACCAGCUCUCUCUUUCACUGUCGCUGAUGCGCAGUUUGUCCCAUCACUCAAAGCCUGUGGUCAAGCUUCCGCCACCCUCGUUAGGCUAUUGUCGGCUGGUCUAGCCAUGAUGGGAGCCGACAGCCAAGGUGCAGAGUAUCCUGCUAGCGACUGGCCAGAAAGUCUUCUUGUGACGCUUCUCUACCCCAACGGAAUACACAUGCUCUGGCAAUCAGGCUUAACGAUACUCUUCGCUGGUUGGAAAGGGUAUCCCGUGACAGUCGACCAGGACGAGAGCCUUAUACAGUCGUGCAUCGAGACGCUGCAACAGCUCCAUACACACACGGAUGAUGUCGGGAACCAUGUGGCUCAGUGUGCCGAAGUACUCGACUUGCUUCGCAGAAAGAUAUUCUCAGAUCUUCAAGUGCCGCCUGAUCUCGAGCAACUUCAGUGGAACGUAUGGGAUUGGCCGAUGGCGUCUGCAUUGGAACUUGCGAAUAUGUUGGAUACGGCCCCGUUGGAUUUAGACUUGAACCCAGAGAGAUGGUUAUAG